AUGACUCCAUGGUCUUUUGUGUUCCUUCUUUUUGCAGCAAGGACAUUGAAGGAGGAGCCUUCCUAUGGCAAAGAUGAAAAAAAAAGGGACUUCAAUGAAGGUCCUGGGGUUGUUCGAAUAACACAUAGUUCUUUCCUCGUGGGAUCUAUUCCUGAUUCCCAGAAGAUAGUGAAAGUUGGUUCAACAGAUGGACUGCAAAAUGAGAAGACAAUGGUACCUAAUGAAGUGAAUUAUGAACUUAUAAAAUUGAUUGCCUCUUUGUUGCAGCCUAUUGUGCAAGCGGCUAGUUCUGUCUGUCGAAAACGGCGGAUACUAGAAGGUAGAUCAGACUCAACUGGUCUGCUUAUGUUUGAUCCUUCAUCUAAGCCAAAAGGUUCUCCAAUGCCUCAGGAGUCAUUCGAAAUCCAUCUCAAUGCAGAUACGAAGCCCUAUCAAAACAUGCAAUUUGGUUCUGCUCCAUACUGUUUCUGCAUAUCAAAGUUGAAUGGACUGUCGCUAUAG